AUGUUGGUUGCAGAGAAAGAAAAUGAGACAGGCAUCACAGAAUUUAUCCUUUUAGGGUUGAGAAACCCUGGUGAACUGCAGCCUUUUCUUUUUUUGCUCUUCUUGGUGAUUUAUCUUGUGACAGUAAUUGGGAACAUCCUCAUCAUUGUGUUAGUUGCAGCGGACCAACACCUUCACACCCCCAUGUACUUCUUCCUGGGAAAUUUGUCUUGCCUCGAAACCUGCUAUUCUUCAACUAUCUUGCCAAAAAUGUUGACCAGUUUGCUAACUGGAGACAGAACGAUUACUGUGAGUUGUUGCCUAACCCAAUAUUAUUUCUUUGGCUCUUGUGUGGGUGUAGAAACAUUUCUCCUUGCAGCAAUGUCUUAUGACCGUUACUUGGCAAUAUGUAGACCUUUGUUUUAUACUUCUAUUAUGAACAGUAAGUUUUGUUUCCAGCUUAUGGCUGGGGUAUGGAUAAAUGGUCUGAUAGUUAAUAGCAUUGUUGUGUCUCUGCUAGCCCAGCUCUCUUUCUGUGGAUCCAAUAUAAUAGACCAUUACUUAUGUGACUUGACUCCAUUGGAAAAACUGACCUGCAGCGAUCCUACACUAUUUAAACACAUUGUUCUCCUCUUGUCCUUUGUUUUUACCAUUCCUCCAUUUUUACUGACCUUCAGUUCUUAUGUUUGCAUCAUUGCCAGCAUCAUAACAAUCCAAUCUACAGUUGGAAGGCAAAAAGCUUUUUCUACCUGCUCUUCUCAUCUCAUGGUGGUUUGUCUUUUUUAUGGCACAUUAAUCAUUGUCUAUAUGUUCAGAGACACCCCCACUAUGACACACCUCAAUAAAAUCUUCUCUAUGUUUUAUACAAUCCUGACUCCUCUGGCCAAUCCCCUCAUCUACACUUUAAGAAAUAAAGAAGUUCACAAAGCCUUAAGUCGGGUUCUCAUGAAAUUUACAAUUGUUUGGGGAAAAUGUCCUUAG